AUGACUGAACGUUGUCAAUUGCAGCAUUUAUCAUUACAAAAUAAUGAUAUGCCUAUUCAUAAAUCUAUACCAAUGGAAAAACUGGACUUUAUAGAAUUAAAUCUAGUUAAAAUUUUAUGUUAUCAAACUCCAAGUCGAUUCUAUGUUUAUCUUCGUCAAAAAUUAGAUAGUCAUGCAAAAUUCCAAAUAGAAUUACAACGUGCUAUGCAAAAUUAUCAAUCAAUAUCAAUACCUACACAACAAUAUCAACGUGAUCAAGCAGUUGCUGCACAAGAUAAUCAUGCUGUAUGGCAUCGUGCAACUAUAUUAGAUUUAAAUUUUAAUUUAAAAGAAGUUUGUGUAUAUUUUGUUGAUUUUGGUGAACAACAAACUAUUGCAUUAACAAAUAUCCGUUCAUUACCACAAGAAUUCACUCGUCAACCAGCAUUUGCCAUUCCAUGUCGUUUAUAUGACAUAUGUCCAUUAAAUGGAAAUGAACAUUCAACAUGGAAUUUAGAUGAUCCUGUACAUUAUGAAUGUAAAUCACUUAUGAGUGAUGUUAUGCAUUGUAAAGUCCUUGAUAUUAAGGAACAAAUUUGUUAUAUUAUUCAAGUUGACAUUCCUAAAGUGGGAGAUCUUGGAACAUUUCUUUUUCAGAAAAAUCUUGCAUCUCGUAUAAACAUGCAAACAUCUCAACCAACAAAUUAUAAUACAAAUCAAUCGCAACGAUCAUUUGGACGAGCACCACCUGGAUUUUCAGGUCCACCUUCAAUAGUCCAACAGCCAUCGCAACGAUUGACACCACAAAAUGAUUAUUAUACUAAUUCAACUAGUACAACUCAACAACCUCAAACUCAUGUAGUACAAAAACCGGUUGUUCAACAAGCUUCUAGUACAACGUCAUCCAUGGAUUCAUCAGCGGAGAUUCGUCCUCCAUUUCCACCUCAGAAUGGAAAUUUUAUCAUCACUCACGUAUAUAGUGCUCUUGAAUUCUACGGUUAUUCUCAACAGCGUACAAAGGAAUUAGAUUCACUUCAAAAACAUUUUGAAGAUGUGUAUAAUAAUAAUAAUGCAAACGAUCAAUCAAUAAGUGUUAGUCUGUUAUUCGAUGGUGAAGCAUGUGUAAUUCAACAAGGUGAUUUAUAUCAUCGUGCUAUAAUCAAACAUCGUGAAUCAGAAUCAAGAGUAUUAGUUAGACUUGUUGAUCGUGGUGAUGAAAUUAUUGUAGACACAUCAGAAUUAUUACAACUUGAUAAAAGAUAUUUAACCAUACCAGCAUUUGCACAAUUAUUUCGUUUACAUAAUUAUGAUGAAUCUUCUAGUACAGCUACUAUCACACGUAAAUUUAAAAAAAUGAUUCUUAAGCAAGUGGUUCAAAUUACUCUGCAAGGAGCUGCAAUAAAUGGAUUUUAUCCUGUUGAAGUUAGAGUAUCUGAUUUAUCAGUUAAUCAAGUUCUUCUUUCAAAUGAUACUAUUCCAGUGGUUGCACAGGCUAUUCAAUCACUUGAAAUACAUAAUACAAAAGUUCAACAGGAUAUGAAUGUACAACGAACAAAUGAUGAUUUACGUGCACCACAAAAAUUAUUAACAGGAGGAACACGUGCACAACCAGGUCGAUUUGCAGUAAAUCAACCUACUGCAAGUGAACCAUCAACACGUUUUUCACGACCACAACAACAAGAUGAACCGAUAUCAAGAGUAACAAAUGAAAAUCAACAAACACCAACUGAACAAAAUCGUCCAUAUGGUCGAGAAUUUAAUAAUGAUGAACAACGUAAUCGAAAUGAAGGUUUUUCUAAUGAUGAACCAAGAAGUGGAAAUAAUCGUGGAGGUGGUUUUGCUGAUCGAGGAAAUCGAAAUGGUUUUCAAGGUCGAACUUUCAGUCGAAAUAAUGAUGACAAUGAAAAUGAAAAUGGUGGACAACGUUCAACAAAUUUUGCCAGUCGUGGUGGUGGUGGUGGUAGCAGAUUUGCUGAUCGAGGAGGUCGUACUGGUUUUGAUGAUCGUAAUAAUAAUGAAAAUAAUGGACAACGAUCAGGAGGAUUUGGCAAUCGUGGUGGUUUUGCUGAUCGAGGUGGUUUCACUGAUCGAGGUGGUCGCACUGGAGGCUUUCAAGAUCAUAAUAGUGGAAAUCGAAAUAAUUUUAAUGAUGAUCAAAAUGAUAAUGAUAAUGGACAACGAUCACAAGGAUUUGCUAACCGUGGUGGAUUUAAUAAUAGUGAACGAGGAGGACGAGGCAAUGGAUUUCAAAGUUAUCGUGGUAGAGAUGGUAGUCGAGAUAACGCACCACGAAGAGGUGGAUUUGGUGAUCGUGGUGGAUUUAGUGAACGUGGUGGUUUUAGUGAACGUGGUGGUUUUGGUGAUCGUGGUGGUUUUAGUGAUCGUGGUGGUUUUGGUAACCGCGGUGGUUUUAGUGAACGUGGUGGAUUUAGUGAUCGUGGCGGAUUUAGUGAUCGUGGCGGAUUUAGUGAUCGUGGUGGCCAACGAGGAGGUCGAGGUGGUGAUCGCGGUGGACGAUCUGGUGGUUUUAGAGAUCAGAAUAAUAAUAAUAAUGAUGAUUCAACAAAACCAUUUACUGGUUGGGGCAGUAUUAGAUCCGCUACUAAAUCAUUCGAAUCUGGUGAUCGUUUUAUUGACAAUGAAAUUCCUAAAGAAACAUUUCAAUUUGCUAUCAGUCAUGUCGAAACACCAAAUGAUUUUUUUAUUCAAUCAUAUUCCAAAGCUAAUGAAUUAGAACAAUUAUCCAAAGAUUUACAAUCUGAAUAUAAAGAUGCACCUGAAUUAGAUUCAGAUUCUUUUAAACCAAAUCAAAUUUGUUUAGCAAAACAUUCAGAUAAUUGUUGGUAUCGUGCUAUUAUUCUAUCAGUUAGUUUAAUUAAAACAAAUGUUCGUUUUGUUGAUUUUGGUGAUACACUUGAUAUUAAUAAACAAUCAAUUCGACAGAUAUCAAAAAAAUUUUGUGAAAAACCACUAUAUGCAUAUCAUUGUACAUUACCAAAUGUUGAAGUUAAUGAAAAAUUUAAUAAAGAUGAACUUAUUGAAAAAUGUGCUGAAAAAGUAUUUAAUGGCAAACUUGAAAAAAAUCUUUCUAAUGAUAAAUAUAUUCUUCGAUCAGAUGAUAUUGAAAAUUUAAUGUUAGAAAAUAAUGCUAUUCAAAAAAAAUCAGACAAUAAAAUCAAAGGUCUUAUUGUUUAUAUUGAUUUUGAUAAACAUCAAUUUUAUAUUCAAGAUGAUGAAAAAAUAAUGGAGAUAAUUAAUGAUGGAGUAACAAAUGCUAAUGAUGAAUUAUCUUCUGAUGAAAUUUCUAUUAAUUCAAUGGUUGUAUCAACAUUUGAAGAUGCGCCAUAUCGUGCAUUAAUUCAAGAAGAUUUAGGUGAAAAUGUUCAAGUUUAUUUUGUUGAUUUUGGAAAUACGUAUAUAUGUCCAAAAAAUUCAUUAAAAAAAUGUAAUGAAGAAUUAAAAAAACAUUCAUAUCAAGCUAAACAAUGUGAAUUAUAUAAUAUUUCGGAAAAUGAUUUAGAUAAUGCAUUUAAACAACUUGAAGAAUAUUUAGAAUCGAAUUUAGUUGAAUAUUCUAUUAUUAAUAAAAAUAUGAAUGUAUUUCAUGUUAAAAUUUAUACGAAUGGAGAAUGUUUUAACGAAAAAUUUUCCAAUCAAUCAAUAGUAAAUGAUAAAAAUGAUACAAGUGUUGAUAUGGAUGAUCAAUCAAGUACAACAACAACAGCAACAGUUAAAGAACAAGAAAGAUCAACAAGUACAACAUGUAAAAGAAAUAAUGAUCAAAUUUUAUCACCUGUUGGAAAUUCAUUGACUGUAGCAACAAAUAUCAAACGAAAAAAGAGUGAAUCAGAAACAGAAGCUAAUCCAACAAAAUAUCGCCAAGGAACUUUAACAUAUUUUGAUAAAAUUAAUCCAAUUGUUUAUUUACAAUUAUUACCUGAUUCUGUAUCAACUAUAGAACGAAUAAAUGAACUAAUUGAUAAGGCUGUUCAAGAAAAUAAACAUAAUUCUUCAUACGAAAUCGGUGAUCAUAUUAUUGCUCAAUUUUCUGAUGAUGAAAGUUAUUAUCGGGCUCGUAUUGAAUCUUAUUCAGAUUCAACAAAAACAUAUGCUGUUUACUUUCUUGAUUAUGGAAAUCUUGAUGAAAAUGUACCUGUUGAUCAUUUGUUUUCUUAUCCUGAUGAAUUAAAACAAAUUGAAGCACAAGCUCAUAAAUAUUCUUUAGAAAAUCAAACAUCUCAAACAUGGACAAAAUCUGUUCUGCCAUUAAUUGAAGAAAAACAAAAUGAAACAAUUGAUUUUUAUUUUAUUAAUGAAAAUCAAUCUAUAAUUCGUAUAAAAUUUUCUGAAAAUGAUAAUCAAAUAUAUAAUAAUCAACCAAGAACAUUAAAUGCAAAUAUAUCAGGUACAAAUAAAGAUUGUUUUUAUAUUCAUAUAUUACCUGAUAGUGAUACACUUAUUUGUGAAAUGUGUGAAUUAUUAGAAACAUAUAAAGGUGAACAUCAAACAUCAAAUCAAUGGAAUCUAAAUGAUUUAUGUAUUGUAUUUGAUAAUGAACAAGAAAAAUAUUUUCGUGGAAAAAUUCUUUCAAUUAAUAAUGAGAAUUAUGAUGUACAAUGUAUUGAUUAUGGAAAUAUUCUUGUCAAUAAAACUAAUGAUGAUAUUUAUUUAUUAAAUAAUGACGAAUUAUUAAAACAAUCACCAUUAGCUCAAAAAUGUCGUUUAUAUGGUGUUAAAGAAGAAAAUCAAAAAAAAGCAAUUGAAGAAGUUAUUAAAAAUAUUACUCCAACUGAAAAUGUUACAAUAACAGUUCAAAAUGAUCAAGAUGAUUCGUGUAUGUUAGUAAUGUUAUUUCGAAAUAAUAAUGAAAUUGUCAAUGAUCUCUAUCAAUCAGAUAAUGAUAAUCAAAAAGAAGCAGAUACUGAAAAGAAACAUGAAACAUUACCAAUUUCAUUUGAUUCAGCUAUAGCAGCUGAUGAUUAUAUGUCAAAUGCCGAAACACCAUUUACAGUAAAUGAUCAACAAUUAACAUCACCAAUUGGUGUUCCUCAAGCAAAUAGUACACAACAAUAUUCUGAUACAGCAAAUGCAACUGUAAACAAUUCAUCACCAUCAACAACAUCGAUGACAAUCGAUGGGACAAUUGAUUUUGGUGAAAAUGAUCCAUCAACAACGAAUACAACAAUAAAAGAUGAUACACAAAAUGAAUCUGUAUCAUAA